AUGGCGACGACAGCGUCACGCGGGCUUCAGCCCAACUCUUCCCUCCCCGCCAAGGUCCAGCCCAUACCGCCAAACCAAACCCUCUAUGUCACAAACCUGCCCUCGGCGAAGAUACAAAAAGACGACCUGCGAACAGCGCUCUACAUGCUCUUUUCGACCUUUGGACCGGUCCUCGACAUCGUCGCCCUCAAGACCAUGGCCAUGCGCGGCCAAGCACACAUCGUCUUCCGAGACAUCCAGGCCGCUACACAGGCCAUGCGCACAUUAGAAGGCGAGGAGUUCCUGGGCAGAGCCAUGAAAAUCCAAUACGCCAAGUCCAAGUCCCAUUUCGUCAGCAAAAUCGACGGCACCAUGGCACUCCCCGCAAAGGGAGCUGCCGCUGCCGAACAGACCGAACUGCAGCAGAGCAUCUUUAACGCACCCCCGGCCGGCACCAGCACGACAACUACACAGGCCAAGCCUCCCAGCGCUGUGGACCACGCCAUGAAAGAUGCUAGCGGCUCGCCAGAAAGUCGCGGGCAGAAGCGCAACCGCGACAACGAGAGCGAGCCCGAGGACAGUGGCGAAGACAUGGCCAUGGAUGAGGAUAGCGACGACGAAUAA